AUGAGCCUGCAUGAUUGCCAACUUUCAGAGGCUCAUCUGAUCGCAUUUUUUGCCUCCAUGGAAUGGGAUCCAUCCAUCCCCAUCGACCGCAUCCGCUUUUCUCCUACGGAGACUGUGUGGCAGACGAACCCAACGUCUGUCUCAUGGCAGCGCCGGUCCCACAAUGACAAUCUGCAAACAUCCAGCUUGUACCUGAGUUAUUCGUGUGAAGUCUUUACCCAUCAAACAGCGUUCGAAGGUUCGCUGUCCGAUGAUACGCAAUUGCAGUUCGGAUUCCUGCAGCAACUAUCCGCCAUCCCAGAGAACUUAGUUGUCGGACUCGUGCGCGACAAAGCUGCAACAGACGCUCGAGUGGAACAAGAGCUACCGGGGAGAAACAUCCAUAUCUUGCAAGCUGAUGUAACUGACUAUGACUCCCUGAAGGUCGGGCUGCGGAAGACGGCUGCUCAGUUGAGCGACAGUGUUGACUAUUUAAUCGCGAACGCAGCCCUGACAUCGCGCUGGUCGAGGUAUCGGUGUCCUGUGCGUAUCCCCUAUCCCGGGUUCUUUCUCUGGAACUCCCUGCCCACGGAUUAUGUGGGGGUUGGUUAUAGCAUGGAAGAUCCAAAGAGACUUGAAGAAGACCUAAUUCGCCAUUUCCGAACGAAUGCAGUCGGCAACAUCCACUUGCUUGCUUGGGGUCUUCGUGCCUCGUUUGCUGAAAAGGGACAGCCAAGAAAGGUAUCACCUUUACCACUGGAAUGGCAGACAAUGAUUUUGUCGCUGGAUAUGAUGUCGCGCCAGGAGCACCCAACGCCCUUACCAAGGCCGUCAUGA